AUGACCACCUCACGAAUAGUACGUGGCACUAAGGCCCGGAUCUUCCUGUACAUAUGUGGCGUCUUAAUAAUAACCGGAAUCAUUGCGUGUUACAAUAACACCUUGUAUCAGCUCGAAGAUGCAAAGCAGGCAAACGAAAUCUGCCACCAGCAGGAAGAGAACUUGUCGACGCAGCUUCAAAUGAUUUCAGAUUAUAAACAGCGGCUGGAAAAGUCAUUAAAGACUGAGAAAGCCGAACAUCAAAAAGUUAAAAGUGAGUUAGAGAAUAAACUCAAUGAAGAGAAAACCAAGAAUGAGAAAGGGACGAAUGAAGCGAACGUGAGGUUUAAUUCGUUGCAACAACACUUCAACUUGUUGCAAACACAAUAUGAGGACUUGCAAGCGAAGCUGAAGGAGGUUGAACAGGAGUUGAAGGACGUUAAAUCUUCAAAGGAGGGUUUAAAGACGAAAUAUUUGGAAGUGCAAAGCAAAAAUGAACGCUUAGAGACUUCUACUCAAGAUUUAGAAAAGCAACUGCAAGAAAAUGUGAAAGAAAGUACCAAUAAAAUUAAUCAUUUGACAAAGGUCAACCACGAGCUGCAGAGGGAUUUGACUGACUUGAAGAGCAAAUGUCCAACGUACGAGUCUAUCCAGCCUCCACAGGUGGCCCCCAACGCCGCCCCCGACUCCUCGCCGAGUUCUCAGAAUUUCAGUCGCCAGGUUCAAAUCAACGCUAACGAAUAUCAAAUAAAACCUGACGAAAACAAUCCAAAGGAAAAGAAGGAAGUAAUCCAAAGCCCCCCGAACCAGAACUUUAUAAAAACGCCUACAAAAUCGACGACUUCGUCGAGUUUGAGAGUCUCUCAGGGGAGUCUGAAUGGGGCGAGGCCUCUGCUUAUUCCCACUGUGACACCAAAGACCAAAAACGUGCCUCUGCCAUACGUGAAGAAACUGCCAGAUGGGGUCGUGCCGAUUCCCGAAAAGCGUGAAAUUGAGAAGAAGACUGAAGAUGAAGAGAAGAAUGAGUUGCCCGAUGAGACUGUAAAUAAUCGGUACAGAAAUAAAAUAAGUGAUAUAGCGAUGAAGGAAGAUGCGAAGAGGAUUGAAGAGGCGGAUAAGGAGAAUGGGGCCCAUGAGGUGUUUGAUCAGCAUGUGGGAGGGGCGUAUGACAAUUUUGGGUUCGGGGAGUUGAACGAACAUAUUAAAAAUGCAGAGAAACAGAGUUUUAAUAAACAACAUAUUGACAAAUUAGCGAUUGAAGGUAACAAAGUUUACGAAAAUGAGGAAAAUCAUCCGAUGGAGGAAAACGAACCGGAAGACGAUGAUCCUGAAUAUCCCGAUCAUUUAGGGCGAAUGAAAGACGCGGUGGAAAGGAAUUAACUUGUACUUAAAUUUUUAAGAAACUUUUUCAGUGGAAAAUAUUUAAGGCUCAAUUAUUAUAAUAUUCAGUAUUGGUAUUUAGCUGUCAUCUGUUCUAUAUACAGGCUUAGUAAUUUACGUACUUGUAUAUAUGUUAUGUAAGAUAGAUUUAUAGGCGCAAAAAUUAAUUGUGUUGUUACGAACGAAUGGGUUAUUGAUCUCGAUGUCAACGAAUUAUGCAUUUUUGUAAAUUGUAAGCACUUUUUUUAUGAAGGAAAGUUUAGUUGCCACUUUUUGUUGUAUAUUCAUGUCGACGGAAAAUUUUCAGUGUGUGAACCUUGUAAAUAUUAUUUAAUUCGAUCGGCAUAUCUCGAAUAAAGAGGUACUGAAGUAA